AUGGCUGCUUCUACUUUACCUGAUGCUGAUUCGGUGACGGCAUCGAGUGUCGAUCAUUCUUCUCGUAAUUCUGGACAGAGUAAUAGCAGCAGCCCCAAAUCAUCAUCACGUCGCUCUGGUGGGCGCACAGUGUCUUCUCCGUGGAACCAGAUUGUUCGCGGUGAACUAGACACCGCGGCGGCUGUUUCAUCAUCUGUAUCUUCGACUACUGUUGUUGAACCUGUAACAUUUACUUCUUCUUCUUCUGCUACGUCUGAAGAGCCAGUGGGUGAGUGUUACGAUGGUGGGAAUGGGUCGUCCGCCAAUGCUGGAAAGAAGCCAGUGUGGAAUAAACUCGCUAAUGGAACUGAGGUUGGGCCUGUCAUGGGGGCUGUGUCUUGGCCUGCUUUGUCGGAGUCUGCCAAGGGCACACCUAAAUCAUCUUCGGAUUCAAUUAAAAGUUUAGGUGAUGGAUCCGCUGGCGCGCAGGGGAUUGGAACUUCAUCAUCAUCAUCAAACAACGAAGGUAAUAAUGACGUUAGUCCUAAUCCUGAUUCAACUCUUACUCAUCCAAUAACUUCGCGGCAGAAAUCGAUGAGGCGCAAUGGUUCAAAUAGUUCAUAUAACAGUGCCCUCUCUCAGCAGUCUGCUCAUUCAAGUCCUGUAAUCGACCCAGCUCCUAACAGUUCUUCAAGGGAUCAGACACAGAGAACUGCAUUUAUAUCAUCACAAUCACAUAAUGAUCAUGGUCAUCAACAACCACGUAGUUCAUUUCGGAGUCGUGGUGGUGCUUCACAUCCACGUGGUGAUAAUUCCCAUCAUCAUAACUAUAGUUCUAGGCGUGAUCACGAUCGUGGAAAUCAAGAUUGGAAUUCAAACCGAAAUUUUAAUGCACAACCUCAUAGAGUGGUUCACAGGUUUAUUAGACCACCUCCACCUCCACCUCCUAAUACCACUGGCUUUAUUUCUUCUCCAACAAUGAGGCCUAUUGGGGGUCCCCUACCCUUCCCUGAUUUUGUACCUCCAGUGGUGUAUAUUGGUCCUCCUCCUCCUCCUCCUCCCCCUCCUCCAGAGGCUCUUAGAGGUGUACCUUUUGUCGCUCCAAUACCACCCAAUGCAAUGUUUUUUCAUGGCCCAGAUCCUCAUUUGUACGCUAUGAUAGUGAGUCAGAUAGAAUACUACUUUAGUGGUGAAAAUUUAGUAAAAGACACUUUCUUGAGGCAGAAAAUGGAUGAAGAUGGCUGGGUUCCGGUUAGACUAAUAGCAACCUUCAGCAAGGUUAAACGUCUGACUGAAAAUAUCCAAACUAUAUUGGAUGCAUUGCAAUCAUCUACUCUUGUGGAAGUAAAGGGAGAUAAAGUAAGGAGGCGAAAUGAUUAUGAUAGAUGGAUUAUUCGACCUGGUCAAGUUCCUAAUAUUGCAGCCCCAUUAAGCCCAGUAAGUUCCAAUCAGGAUAUGUUGGCAGCUGGUGUUCAAGGUAUUGCACUAGAGAAUAUUAAUCAUAGGGACUCUGAAGGUGGACAGGGUGGUGUUCAUGUCGAGGCACUCCACAGUAGUAGCCCAACUGGAAAUUUGAGUAUGCAGGCACAGCCAUGUGGUGAUGAUCGUCCAGGCCAAGUAAAUACCAAGGCCGGCCCGGAUUGUUCAUCGGCUGAAAGGAGUUAGACCAAGUUUGUGCUGUGAACCCAUGUCCUUUUGAAGGAAAACUAGAUGUGGGUGUAGAGAUUAAGUGAGGAGAUGUUAGCGACACGGUUUGCACGACUAAAAUUCUCUUCUCUUGAUGCCAAGUAAAUUGGUAAACUGAAGUUAUAGAAGAGAAACAAUUUUAAAAAGAAAAAGGAAAAAACUAAAACUUUUAAACUUCAA